GUCACGUGACAUGGAAGGAAGGAAGGAAAGGGGAAGAAAGGAGGAACAGAGAUUAAAAGGGAAAAAAUAAACAGCGGGGAUAUUAUCUUCCUGACAGGAGAAGUCGGACUUAUCUGAAGCCUGAGUUUGAAGAGACAAAGACAUGACCCAAAGAAGAUGGAUGGCGUGUUAAGUUAUCAGAUCCAGAUGUGAUGGGAGAGCAGGGUCGAUGUCAGCUGGAUAUGAGAUAAUCACGUCACUAAAGAAUCCACUGAGGAAAGGAGGAGAGAGGAAGAAGAUGAGGCUUAACGAACGCAGCGUGGCGCACUACGCCACAUGCGACUCCCCACCAGACAAGACGGGCUUCCUGUUUAAAAAGGGUGAGCGCAACACUGCUUAUCACCGUCGCUGGUUUGUCCUGAAGAGCAACAUGCUCUUCUACUUCGAGGAGCGCGACAGCCGAGAGCCCAUCGGCGUCAUCGUCCUGGAGGGCUGCACCGUGGAGCUCUGCGAGUCAGCCGAGGAGUUUGCCUUCGCCAUCAAGUUUGACUGUGCCAAAGCGCGAGUGUACAAGAUGGCUGCAGAGAACCAAGCAGCCAUGGAGUCCUGGGUGAAAGCCUUGUCAAGGGCCAGCUUUGACUACAUGAGGCUGGUGGUGAAGGAGCUUGAGAGGCAGUUGGAGGAGAUCCAGGAGGCUGCAGGAGCUAGCUGUGUCGGGGCUGGAGGUGCAGGUAUGCAAGCCAGGCCCAAGGCCUCCAGGCGAAACCAGGUGGCACGGUCCAGGUCGGGAGCGUCCUCUUCAUCAACAUCUAUGUCUUCUGUAUCAUCUUCAUCAAGUGCCGCUAACUCUUCAGUCCUCUUCCCUGCCCAGAGGGGUCUCCAGGAUGAGGGGCAGCUCAUCUCUGAGUGCUCAAAGGAGAACGGGGUUUCAUGGAGUAAACCACAAGCUGCCUUGGGUAACGGUUUUAUUGAGACAGCGUGUGUGGCCUGGGAGGCUUGUGAAGACUCCGGUAAUCACACUCUGACUGCUGUUGAUGGGGUCAGGGCUCCACCGGUUCCACCCAGGAGAAGGGGAGCGUCUCUGGAAAGCCCCGUCUCCCCAGGCACAGGAUGCUUCUCCAAACUCCACGACUGGUACGGAAAGGAGGUGGAGGAGCUGAGGGUGCAGUGGCUGCAGGGCCAGUAAACUCAAAGAGAUGGAUCAUCUCUUUAAUUUCUUCACAGUUAUAUCAUUCCUUUUAGAACAAUCUGCAUUGGUACAUCCUGAAAACACAGACUUGAUCACAACUUUCAGUCUUAAAACCAAUCAUAACAGACGAAUGAAAAAUUUUGAUUGAUUUCAGAUCUUGUCAGGCACAGGGGAAUCAAUCUGUCUUAAACAUCAACACUAUCCACAUACAAUCCUAGAAAGUAGAAAUCAUUCUUAACAUAAGUUAUGUAUAUUCUUUUGACAGCUGAGUACAAGUAAAAUGUUAAGAAUACUUUUUAAAGUGUUGUUAGCAAUCAACAUCACCAGUUUUAAUCAAGAGAUGCAAGAGAGUAGCAGAUUUGGCUAUGCAGCAGAUAAUUUCUUAUUGACUGAUUUUUUUAUAUUGCCAGAGUUAUAUUCAUUUUUUUUCUUCCGGUCCAGUUUAUUUAAAGUUACAGAAGCCUUGAUUUAAACUUAUGUUUUCCUACAGCUAACAUGCAAACAAGAGUGCUUAGCAUGACUCAAAAAACACCCAAAUUACAAGGAUUAACAGCUAAAAUCACCAGAGUUAAGACGUUUUACCGGAGGGAAGUGAUGAGUCUGUUAUUGUCUGAUAAAUAUAGAAAGCCACAUAAAAGAUAAUCUCUAGAAAUUGCACAAAAGUUGGUAAGUUGUGGUAUUGAUACAUUCAAAUGACAACGAUUAUGGUACUGGAAAGAUUGGUGCCAAGGUUUCCUCUCGCCAUGAUAAAACUAAAUUCCAAACUCCUCAUGAUCUAGCACUGUCAGCCAAAAAAGAGAAUUAAAGAGUAAAGCUUUGUUCAUUUGAAAACACUUUUACAAUCUAACAGAAAAAGCAGCAGGAAGUAAAUCUCUUCUUUUUAAAAAAAAAAAAAAGAAGAGCAUUUUGACUUUCCUGCUGCUCCAAACAACCUGAAAAACUCUGUGAUCGCUUAAAUAGAUUGACCUGAAGAGAAACACGCGUGAUUCUCCAGGGAUAAGAUGUGUUGUGGAAGAACAUGAGUCCUGAUUCUUCUCAAUCCUCCCACUGGGGCACAGCUCAAGCUCAGAGGCCCCGUGGAUGCCGAGGUCAUAGAUUCCUCUCUCUCUCUCCUCAGUCAUUGGGGACCGUAGUCGGAGCUGGACGCCCCGCUCAGAGCAGCACUCUGGUAUUUUUAGCUCUUGUUAGCCAUCAGCCAGAUGAUGCCGUGUCAUAAGAAUGCUUGUCACUUACUUCUCCAUUGACUCUUGUGUUUUACAUCCUGGACUUCACAGGGCUUAACACUUGUUUUAAUUAUGCUUUUAAUUCCACAUCAAACAAUCAGAUACUCUCUUUUUCAUUUCAUACUGUUGGUUUGUGUGUAACAGCUGAUUUAUCUGAAUGUUAAUGAAUGGGUGAAAGUGUAAGAGGACAACAGUGUGUUUGAACAUUUAACCUCUUGUUAUAUGUAUAUAUAUAUAUUUACUAUUCCAUGUUGGAAAUUAACACCAGCAGUCAGCUGAAUAGACCCUCUUAAAGCAACUGCUCUUACUGUAUUUGUAUCUCCAAUCAUAUCUUAGCUGUUUACACUUUGGUUUUAUCGUGCCUUAUGUUAUCCUUACAACUCCUUUAAUGCCUUGCAAACAUUACCAUACAGUAGUUUUACAUUGAUGGGAGGGUUUCACUUUUCCCUUGUCUUAACUGUACUACUGUUUUUCGCUUUAAUUCAAAAGCUCAUGUUGUUGCAAUCACUUUUUGACAAUGACUCUGUUCCUUCAGUCUGCAUCAUUGCACAGCACUAUGAUUACUGUUGUACGCUUGUCUUGUAUGGAAUUGACAUCGUGGGAAGCGGGACUACAGCGUUGAUGCAGUGUUUUUGGUGGCCCUAUGCUUUUCACACAUAUUAUCCAAAAUCAUUAUUCCAGUGCCAAUUUUAGUCAUUCCAGAAGACAUUUAGUGUAAUCAAGGAUGAUGUGUAUGUCUUUCUGUUAUUGUAAUAAUACAGAAAGGUAAUUAUGAAUGUGUCAAAUAAUCAUAUGAAUGAUAAUGGUAUCUAUCUUUAUUCAGGAGUGCCAAAGGAAGACAUUUAAAUGCACAAUAACUUUAUUCACAAAUUGUUUUCCAAAAUGAUGGCGAUAAACAGAAAGAAAUUAACGUUAUUGCACUCAUAUGAGCACUAAUUUAAAAACCAUUCAUAUUUCACAUAUUGUCCUGAUAUGGUACUAUAAAGAUGGAAAACACUUAAUAAAAUCUUUGAAUAUGUUA